GCCCAGCUAAAGUAUUUCCAAACAUGCACAGAACCUACUCUCUCAGAUCAAGCAGGGCUCCAACAGCCUCUGACUUGCAAAACCCAAUCCCUGUUCCACCGUCUUCUACCAAGACUAAUAGAUUCUUUGGUAAGGGCUCCAUUACCAACUCCAUCAGAAGAUCUGCUGCUGGUUCGUUUGGUCCAGAACUCGCCAAGAAGCUUGCACAGCUUGUCAAAAUGGAGAAAAAUGUCAUGAGAGCCAUUGAGUUGUCUUCCAAGGAAAGAAAGGCGGCCGCCAAGCAGCUUUCCCUCUGGGGUGCAGACAAUGAGGACGACGUCAGUGACAUCACAGACAAAUUGGGCGUCCUGAUCUACGAGAUUGGUGAACUGGACGAUCAGUUCAUUGACAGAUACGAUCAAUAUAGAAUUACCCUCAAAAGCAUCAGAGACAUUGAGGGCUCCGUCCAGCCAUCGAGAGACCGGAAACAAAAGAUCACUGAUCAAAUUGCUUACCUGAAGUACAAGGACCCACAGUCCCCAAAGAUUGUGAUCUUGGAACAGGAAUUGGUCAGGGCCGAGGCAGAGUCGCUUGUGGCUGAGGCACAGCUUUCCAACAUCACCAGAGAGAAAUUGAAGGCUUCCUUCUCUUACCACUUCGACUCGAUCAGAGAACACUCUGAGAAAUUAGCUCUGAUUGCUGGUUAUGGUAAGGCUCUUUUGGAAUUGCUUGACGACUCUCCAGUGACUCCAGGUGAGACCAGACCAUCGUACGAUGGCUACGAGGCAUCCAAGCAAAUCAUCAUCGAUUGCGAGAAUGCCCUUGCCUCUUGGACCUACGAGACCGCCCAAGUCAAGCCAACCUUGAGUUUCAAGGCUACUGAUGGUGAAAUAUACGAUGAUGACUUGGCCGAGGAUGUUCAAAACAUGCAUGUGACUGAGCAAGAAUGGGCCGAGCCUGAAAAGCAAGCCGCCUAAGUGUUCGUGGGAUUUAUUUCUGUCUGUAAUGUUAAACUGAUUUUGAAUCGUG